UCCGGAGAAGACAGGGCAUCAGCAGCUGGACGGAGACACAUCUGGACCCAGAGAGACAGAGACAGACAGGAGGACAGACAGGUUCAGAGAGACAGAUAGAGAGACAGGUUCAGAGAGACAGAGACAGAGAGAGUCAGGUGCAGAGAGACAGGUUUCUCCCCCCCACCCCAAUGGAGACCCGGGUGGUUUACCACCUGGAGGACCAGGAGACCCCGUACCUGAUCCGGAUCAACGUGUCCCCGCAGAGCGUCACCCUGGCGGACUUCAAGCUCGUGCUGAACAAACCGAACGUGAAGUUCUUCUUCAAGAGCGAGGACGCGGAUUUUGGGGUGGUCAAAGAGGAGAUCAGCGAUGAUGACGCCAGGCUGCCGUUUGUGAACGGGAGAGUGGUCUGCUGGGUGGUGUCAGCUGACUCUUGUCAGUCAGACUUCAGGGGGUCGGACCUGCAGUCUAUAGCCACGCCCACAGACCUGGCCCCGCCCCCCCUCGAGAGGACAGGUGUGAUUGGAGAAUCCAGACCCCCUUCCUUCCAUGCUGCUGUCUGUCAGGAGGAGGUGCGGGGGUCGGAGGUCAGAUCUGUGUUGUCCGCAGAAGACGUGCGAGGUGAGCGUCGGCAGAAUGGCCACGCCCACCAAUCAGCUGAUGGGAAGGGGGCAGGGCCAACAGGUGGAGGCGACAUCUCCCAGCAGAGCAGCCAAUUAGAGACGAGCAGCUUCUGUUCGUCGGAGGACUCCGGAGGACGGUUCAGCCAAUCAGGGCAGAGCAGCUCCUCGCCGAGACUCGUGAGGCGACAACGCCGCCGCCACCGGAAACCCAAAACACAGCCGCGCAUGGAGAGGUCGGUGUCUUUCAGCAGCGUCACUGACUCCACCAUGUCUCUGAACGUCGUCACGGUUACUCUCAACAUGGAGAGGUAUAACUUCCUGGGCAUCAGCAUCGUGGGUCAGAGUAACGACCGAGGAGACGGAGGGAUUUAUAUCGGCUCCAUCAUGAAGGGCGGAGCGGUGGCAGCCGACGGACGCAUCGAGCCCGGGGACAUGCUGCUACAGGUGAACGACGUUAACUUUGAGAACAUGAGCAACGACGACGCAGUCCGAGUCCUCAGAGACAUCGUCCACAAACCAGGUCCGGUCACGUUGACGGUGGCUAAGUGUUGGGACCCGUCCCCCCGAGGCUGCUUCUCUCUGCCCAGGAGUGAGCCGGUUCGUCCCAUCGACCCAGCCGCCUGGGUGUCUCAUACCGCCGCCAUGACGGGGAGGCUGCCCCCCCACUACGGUGUUCACGAGGAAAACCAGCUCACCAUCCACAGCGACAUGACGGCUAUCGUCAGGGCGAUGGCCAAUCAGGAGUCAGGCCUGGAGGUCCGGGACCGGAUGUGGCUAAAGAUCACCAUUCCCAACGCCUUCAUCGGUUCUGACGUGGUGGACUGGCUGCACCGGAACAUGGAGGGCUUCACGGAUCGCCGCGAGGCUCGCAGGUACGCCGGAAACCUCCUGAAGGCCGGCUUCAUCCGGCACACCGUCAACAAGGUGACCUUCUCCGAGCAGUGCUACUACGUGUUCGGAGACCUGUGCGGAGAGCUGGGAGUGUUGACCCUGGAUCCUGAGGAGGUCUGCAGGUCGGACCCUCCGGACCCCAAGAGGCCCCCAGCCUUCCCCUACCAGCUGCCCCACCCCUACAGCUCCCCUCCCCCCCAGCUCCCCUCCUGGGGGGAGAGUCCGCACAGUGAAGGAAGUCGCAGCAGCGGCUCCAACUGCAGCGACGCUCAGAGGGUUGGGCGAGGCGGCCAGUCAGAACUCAGCAAACAGGAAGUGAGCACUUCGCCUGACAAACAGCUGGCGGCGUCUGUUUCCCCCGGUGACGACAGCAGUCUCCAUGAUACCAGAGACUCAGACGACCUCCCGCCGCCGCCGCCGUCGCCACCAGACCGAGAACUUCCUGCCUCCCGUCAGUCCUUCUGCCUCGCCAUGGGAAACCCCGCGGAUUUCUUUGUAGACGUCAUGUGACCCAGAUCAGGAGGAGGAGGAGGAGCAGGAGGAGUCAUGUAACCUGUAUGCCUCCUGUCUGAAACCGUUAAUAGCAUGUUGAGGUUUAAUCACGCGAUGAAGUGUGGAGACUUUCAGAGGAGAAGCGUUUACCGUUUGGACUUCAGGGAGGUUCUACUCUGCAGCCGGAGGAGCCACAGAUUAAUGUGUGUAUUUAUUUAAGAUGAGCCCUUAUUGAACGCUGGCUGCCAGACUGUUACUGUACACACACCUUACACACACAUUACAGAUCAGGUGAGGUAUACUCAGCUGGACACCUGUAGCUGACCCUACAGCUCAGUGAUUUCUCCGACAGAGUCAUCAUGGGGAAACAGGAAGUGAAACGUAGCGUAACUUCUGUACUUGAAUCUUCUCCCGAACUUUACCUCUACUCUAGCCGCCCAGUAUUUCAGACGUAGCCACUCUUAACAGAAACCAGAUGUUCUCUGUGCAGAGGUUUAUUCUGAAAGGUGUUCCUGGACCCAAAACUCAUGCAGGAUCAUCUGCAGCAGCUCUUCAACACAUGCAGCAUCUAGAGAACAUUCAGCAGAGGAAACAUGAGCAGUUUACUAAAAGCUGCAGAAACCAAACGCUGCAAGAAGCUCCAACACAACGGAGACCAGGGGACACUAAAGAGAGACGCACACAGCUGGAGACCAGGGGACACUAAAGAGAGACGCACACAGCUGGAGACCAGGGGACACUAAAGAGAGACGCACACAGCUGGAGACCAGGGGAUACUAAAGAGAGACGCACACAGCUGGAGACCAGGGGACACUAAAGAGAGACGCACACAACGGAGACCAGGGGACACUAAAGAGAGACGCACACAGCUGGAGACCAGGGGACACUAAAGAGAGACGCACACAGCUGGAGACCAGGGGACACUAAAGAGAGACGCACACAGCUGGAGACCAGGGGACACUAAAGAGAGACGCAUACAGCUGGAGACCAGGGGACACUAAAGAGAGACGCACACAGCUGGAGACCAGGGGACACUAAAGAGAGACGCACACAGCUGGAGACCAGGGGACGGUAAAGAGAGACGCACACAGCUGGAGACCAGGGGACACUAAACAGAGACGCACACAGCUGGAGACCAGGGGACACUAAAGAGAGACACACACAGCUGGAGACCAGGGGACACUAAAGAGAGACGCACACAGCUGGAGACCAGGGGACACUAAAGAGAGACGCACACAGCUGGAGACCAGGGGACACUAAAGAGAGACGCACACAGCUAGAGACCAGGGGACACUAAAGAGAGACGCACACAGCUGGAGAUCAGGGGACACUAAAGAGAGACGCACACAGAUGGAGACCAGGGGACACUAAAGAGAGACGCACACAGCUGGAGACCAGGGGACACUACAGCUGGAGACCAGGGGACACUAAAGAGAGACGCACACAGAUGGAGACCAGGGGACACUAAAGAGAGAGACGCACACAGAUGGAGACCAGGGGACACCCUAAAGACACUGAAGACACAGCUUUUGUUGCUUCACUUAUCCGACCGUCUCACUGUGCACCUGUUCAUCAUGUUGAAGAGGCCCUGUUCUUCUUCUUGUUGCGCUCCUAUUGGCUGGCGCUACCACACAUAUGUGAUUGGCUAAGGGGCGGGACAUCUCUAAGCUGGUCGACCAAUCACAACAGAGCCGGCCAGCUAACCAAUCAGAGCAGACUGGGCUCUGGUUUCAGACAGAGGGUGAAAAGAGGAGCUGCAGCACAGGCAGUAUGAGAAACGUAAAGAGCUCUCUGAACAUUAAAGCGUGGAAUAAAUGAAUUCAUAUAAGUGCUACGGAUGAAGAGCUUUGAUUAACUGUUUUAUUUAUCGUUAUUUAUUUAUUUAUUUUGCUGUCUAUCUUCACUGUGAACUCAAUAAAGAAACGUCCAACAGA